AUGUUGAUUCGUCUACUGCUCGUUACGAUAAUUCCAUUGGUUGUUGGCACUCAGCAGACACAAUUGAGGGAUGUUCGAGGCGUGCCGCUUUCAGAACUCUCGCUAUUCCAGCCAACCGGCGACAAAUUGAACCUUUUUACGUGUCGAGAUGGCGCCCAAACGAUCCCCUACUCGAAGCUGAACGAUGAUUAUUGCGAUUGCUUGGACGGAAGUGAUGAGCCGGGAACAUCGAGCUGCCAAAACACCAAAUUUUUCUGUCGCAAUGAGGGAUUCACCGGCCGAUAUGUGCCGUCAACUCGAAUAAACGACGGAAUUUGCGAUUGCUGCGACGGAAGCGACGAAUACGACGGCGGUGUGUCAUGCGCCAACAUUUGCGGGGAGCUCAGCAAAGCCGAGAAAAUGGAACGCGAGCGAGUUGAAGGCAUCGCUCGUCGAGGCUACGCCAAACGAAAGGAGCUGUCUCGCGAGUGGUUCGAACUUCGAGACGAGAAACUUCGCAACGUGGACACUCUGAAACAGAAGAAGGUUGACCUUGAGCUGAAGCUCAAGAUGCUUGAAAAUUCGAAGAAGAUCGCUGAGGAGAUCUCAUUGGACGAGCUCAAGACCCUCAUUCAGCUGGACGCGAAUAAUGACGCCGAGGUUUCGGACGAUGAGGCCAAGACAUACCUUCCCAUAAAUGAAGCUGACUAUGAAUAUUUCCGUUCAAAUAUAUACGAUCGUCUGUCUCUCGCUAAACAAAAUCAACACGAUGAAGAGGAGAAGAUGCCGCCAUAUCCAUUGGAGAUCCAAGCUGCAAUUGACGCCGCCGUUGAAGCUAGAAGAAAUUUCGACGAACUUAACGACCAGAUUCAAGAUAUUGACAAUAAUAUCCGGGAAGCCGACGAGUUCGCCGCGACCGUUGAUGGAGAAGAUGCCGCGUGGGCGGCAAUCAAAGGGAAAUGCUUUGAACGCAAUGAAUGGGUGACGGUUGGCUCGAACAAGCACGCGAAGCAGAUUUACACCGACGGCCAACAAUGUUGGAACGGACCGCAGCGAUCGACAGUGGUGGUGAUGGAAUGCGGUGAGGAUUACGAACUCGCGGAUGUCACCGAACCAGCGAAAUGCGAGUACCACUUCGUGUUCCGAACACCUCUCGCAUGCAACGAUCCCGAUAGUGAACCUAAACACGAAGAGCUUUGA